AUUUCGCCGAACAAAGGAUUUUCGCUGGAAUCUUUCUCGGCGCCGGGACCUAAAAUGGCGCCGGCGUGGCCGCCCCCGCCCCUUCCGCGGGCGCCAUAGAGACGGGGCGGGCGGAGCGGCCGCUCCUCGGCGCCGCUCUCCACGCGGGCGCGGCCUCGGCUCGCUGGUGCGGGCGGGAAGGCGCUGCCGCGUCAUGGCGGGCGAGGGCGACUCUGAGCCGAGGAAGUCCUUUAAACUCUUGGGAUUUCUUGAUGUUCAGAGUGUCCCAUGUGCCCGAGAAUCCGUGCUCUAUGGCUCCCUGGGGUCUUUAGUUGUGGGUCUUGGACAUUUUUUAGCAACUAGGUUUUUGUUUUUUUUUUUCUUAGGUAGAGUUAGAAGAUCUUGUGACUUUGCAGUUGGUGGCUUUAUUUCCACAAUGUUAGGAUACUGGUUUUACUGCAGGUACAAUUUGGCUCAACAAAGGAUUCGGCAAAGAAUGCUUAAAGAAGGAAUGAAAAACAGAAUGUUAUUUGAAGGCAGUUAUCUUGAUCCAGAAAAAAAACAAACUGGCAAUGAAAGAAGCGAUUCAUAGGCUGCUGUGGAGGAGUUGUGGUCUAAUACAGCUUUGGGAGAAAGUGGUCCAAAGAUGUCAGUCUGCCUUGUAAACGUGUGAGGUGUCUAAAACUGACAAAUCGUGGUUUUCCUGGCAAAUCUGAGCAAGAAAUUCAUAGUGAAUCUUUUAAGUCUGUACAAGCCUUGCUUUGUUUCAUGUAUGUAUGUAUGUGUGUGUGUGACUGUGCGCAUAGUUAGGAAUUACUUCCUGUGAAACAUCUGGGAACUGAUGUGUUCUGUUACAGAGAGGAUUAACGGCAGUGAUUUGGGACUGCUUUUAGCUUCCAUUGUAAACAGAGUGGUUCAUUUUAGCAAAGUUGUAAUUACAUCUCAUUUAAAUACAGGAAAAUAUUUUCAUCAGCUGUUCAGUAAGUGUAUCUUCAGUGCUACUGUUAACAGUGCUGUUUGUAAAACACAAGUAUUUAAACAGUAGAUGAAAGCUUUGCUUGUGCAAGAUGGGUGAGAUCAGCGGCCUUUGUAAGAUUUCAGCUGCAGGAUAACCAGAUAACUUACAUACACUGUGUAGUUGAAGGAUUUCCAUGUUUGUUCUGUCUAUAUGAAACUAAGAAUAAAAUCUGAAUAAAAUUCAGAAGCAAUCUAAA